AGUCAAUAAAUGUCAAAGUCAAAGGAAAGUAGCUGCAGUUACCUACGCAGAGUGAUAAAGUCAAAAUAAAACUACUACUGUACUGGCUACACAAUUAAUAGUAAUAUCUUAAAACAUUUUGUUAAUUCUGUAUCGUUUUUAAAAAAUAGUAAAUUCCUAUUUCCAUACACAAUGACAAGUGCAUAUGAGAAAUGCACAGCCAAAGAUGGGGCUCGACCUUACAAAUGUUGCGACUACGCAAACAAAAUUUCUUUAAAUUUACAUCAUUUCAAAAGAGAUGGAAGAUUUUGUGAUAUAGAUUUAAUAUCAGGCUCCACGAGAAUUAAGGCCCAUCGGGUAGUACUGGCAGCAAGCUGUGCUUAUUUUGAUGCUAUGUUUAAUGUUGGUUUAGAAGAAACACAAAAAGGAUAUGUUGCUUUGCCAAGUGUUCCCCCUGAUAUACUUCCAAUGAUAAUUGAUUUUAUUUAUACAGGUGAAAUAGUAAUUGACAAGAGUACUGUCCAACAUUUAUUGAUUGCUGCUGAUAUGCUUCAACUAAGAGAGCUUGUAACAGGAUGUGGGGAGUUCCUUAGAAGAGAAUUACACCACACAAAUGCUCUAGGAAUAUUUAGGUUUGCAGAAGCUCACAACUGCAUUGAAUUGGUAAAAGAAGCACUAGAGCAUGUUCAAGCCAACUGGAACAUAGUAUCUAAUGGUGAUGAGCUUUUAGAAUUACCAUUACCACAGCUAAUAACAUUGCUUUCUUCUGAACAAUUAAAAGUUGACAGUGAAGCUCAGGUUCUAUAUGCAGCGCUACGAUGGUUAGAGCAUGACCCAGCUUGUCGCAGACGGCACUGUUUUGAAGUACUUAGUCACGUACGACUGCCACUCAUCUCGCCACAAGUUUUAGACCAAGCAAUCAAAAACGUACAAGAUCCUUCUAUUGCUGUCGCUCUUAAAACAGCGAGAGUUGAUAUGAAAACUCGUCGCGGUGCCUUGGUAUCUUUGUUGGUAGAACCGCGUCAGCGCGCACGGCGUAUAUUACUUCUAGCCGGAGGAUCAUGCCGAGACAAAGCUGCGCACCCGCCACUAUCGACACACUACAAUCAAGACAAUAUUCUUUCUUCAGUGCUUAAAUUUGAUCUACACAAACGAGAAUGGGAGGAGCUUUCACCAAUGGGCAUAGCACGAAUCCAGCCAGGUGUGGCCACUUUAGGAGGCCGGGUUUAUGCCGUCGGGGGUGAACAAGGAAGUCAAAUACUUGCCAAUGGUGAAGUAUACGAUCCUCAGACUGAUAAAUGGUCAAAUAUUGCUCCAAUGAAAGAAGCACGUUGUGAGUUUGGUCUGACAGGCUGGAAUGGCAAUUUAUAUGCUUUUGGAGGCUGGGUGGGAUCAGACAUGGGCUCUUCUGUUGAAGUGUAUGAUCCAGUAGCAGAUGAGUGGACGUUAGUAGGCAGAAUGCCCGAGCCUAGAUUUGGAAUGGGCGUCAUUAAUUUUGAAGGUCUAAUAUACAUAGUCGGUGGAUGUACUCACACCUGGCGACACACAAGGGAUUUAUUAUGUUAUCAUCCGGCAUCUCGAAAAUGGCACUCUCUGAAACCGAUGCACCACGCUCGUAGUCAGGCUGCCGCGGUCGUUCUCGACAAUUACUUGUAUGUCAUCGGCGGGAACGCGCCGAGGCGCACAGUUCUCACAUCGGUAGAGCGUUACAGUUUUGAUGAGGGAAUUUGGGAAGAAGUGGCGAGUUUGAAGGAGGCUCGGGCCGGGUGUGCGGCGGGGGCGGCGGAGGGCGUGCUGGUGGUGGCGGGCGGCGACAGCGAGAGCGCGGGCGAGCGCGCCUUCUACCGCGCGCGCACCACGCUGGCCAGCGUCGAGCUGUACGAGCCGCGCGACAACGCCUGGCGCGCCGGGCCCCCGCUGCCGCACUCGCGCGCCGAGGCGGGCGCCGCCCUGCUCUGACCCUGCAGGUACAACCAUACCCCGAACCGACAAAAACAACAAGCUACGAUAAAUGUACAAAUAACAUAUAAUAUUACCCGUAAUGUGUAGCUACUCGAUGAAUUUUAUACUUAAUGUAAUAGGAUUAAACAAUCGUCCAAGUAUUUAUUGCAACUUAAUUCCUAUUUUUGUAUAUGCAUAUGCAUCCUGAAAAUGUAACAAUUUCUUUACUCCUGACUUAUUUUUAUCAAACCUGACAUCAAAUUCUUUUUAUAUAAAUGUAUGUACAUAAUAUUAUAUAAUGUAUAAGAUUGUAUUAGCUAUUUUGUACUCGAUUAACAUAAGUCUAUACUUCCGCUAUACAAAUUUUAUAAAUGUAUGUAAGUACUAUCAUCAUGUGUUAUUUUUCGCUUGAAUCAAUUUAGGAUAUUGGUUUACAAUUUGUUUAGGCUACCUAUUUGCUAUGUGUUUUCCUCUAGAUUGAUUUAAUACAACCAUAUCUUUUUCGAUGGUGCCAACAGUCAUGUUAUUAUUGUUUUGUGCAUUCAUUUAUAAUAUCAUGUAGUUAAAUAUAAAAAGAGAUAAAAUUAUUUAUUAUAAUAUAAUGCAGCUUGAAAUAUAAAUAUCAAAUAUCUGUAGAGUAGUAAAUGCUACAGUAUUAUUGCCAAUUUUGCUAAAGAGCCAGUAAUGGUUAGGCCAAAAAAUCCUAAUUUUAAUCAUUCUUCCCUUGUAAUUAAUAUAUUUCCAUACACUCAUAAUCUCUCGGUAAAACCUAGGGAUCACAGAAGUAAACCUCUAUAGUGGAUAUCUUUAUGUAACCAUUGGCACAAUGUAGUUGUAACUAUAACAGUAGGAUUGGAUAAUAUCUUCCUAUGAUAGGAUUGAAAAAGGUUUACGUGUUAGAAUAUGUGUAAUGUUCAAAAUUAUGAAUUGGUAACAAAAUAAAAGAUUGCAACUCUUUAACUUUAUAUAAAUGUAUGAGAUUUGGAACCAAGUUCAAUUUUUGCCUUCACUUAUUAUUUCUUGAAAACUGUAUGCUCUUUAUGUACGGUCAACGGUCAUAAUAUGAUAAUGUUAGCUACUAUUUCAUGGUGGCACCUGAGAGUGAAUCCUUAGUUUCUUCGUCAUUUAAUAAACGCAUUUUAUUUAGUUUUAAGAAGCUAAUAACUGAUUUAUAUAUUCGCUAUCUUCUUCGAUCAACUAUAACUAUCUAUAGAUGGCACAAUCUUAGAGGUCAACUUUGGCGUUUAUCUGUCUUAUAUACCGCUAUAACUUGUUAGGAAAAUCAACGUAAAAAAUGAAAUAAAAUAUAAUUCAUUACUUCGUUACUCAAACACUUUCAUAAAGGAUAUCAUUAAAGCACCAAAUGUAUAUUUUUAUUUAACUCAGUGGUAAUGUGGAUGCGCGAACUAAUGGAGAAUUUAAUAUGAAAAAAUCUUUUUUUGAUUCGUUGUUGAAAAAGAUUGUUUGUUUUGUCAUCAUCUUUAGGGAUUUUAUUUUAUCUCAGAAUUCCCAUAAGAUCGUGAUUUAAUUUACGUAUUGACAAGAUAAUAAUUACAGAAUUAUUAUAAAAGUCUAUAUUUAUAUUUAUUACACGCAUCCAACAGUUUUUAUUACUGAUGCGUUAUCUAGUUAGUUACAGUUGAUAGAAGACUAUUAUUAGAAAAAAAUGUAUUUAUUUAACAAUUACUAAGUUGUACGUUAUGCACAACUCUUCGACUGAACUUCUAUUGGUGUUAUAAUUAUGGGCUUUAUAUUAUAUGGUACCCAUACAGGUCACAGUUUUAUAGCAUCAUUACUUUGCUCUAAGCUAAUGAAAAGUAAUAGGUGGCAAGACUGGUCCCAGGUAAUGCAGGCAUGAUAUAGCCAUAAAGAAAACGCUUAUUUUGGCGCGAACGAAAGAAAAGCUUCGCUAAGGUCACCUGUCGCUAGUUUCACCAUCGCUAAGGUCUCUAGACAUAUUAUACACAUUAAUUUAUACUGAUAAUAACUACUGUAUUCUAUUGUCUAAUGUUAUUGUCUUGAUAUAUUUUAUUCUAUAAUAAAAAGUCUCAUGUUUAUAAUAAUUAUGUUACACCAUUUCCAGUAUAGGACUCAUACAAAAUGUACCAAAGGCUGAAAGGAUUCUUUUGAUCAUUCACUGUUGUACACGUUCAAAGAUGUUAGAAUGUAAAUAAGCAUUACCAGCUUUAGAUUUUGUAGAUUUUUAUGAUAUAUUUUCGGACAAUUCGCUUUCUGCCUUUAAAUGUGACAACUGGUAUAAAACAUUCACUUUGUUUUCAAUGUGUGUGAAUGUUUAAAAUGUCAAGAUAAAUAUUUAGUAAUGAAAUGUAAUGUAGUGAAAUAUGCACUUACUUUUGACAAUGCACAUUUUAAAAUUGGGACGUAAUUGUUUGAAGUGUGAAUGAUCUCCUUUUAAAAUUAAAAUUUAUUUUUAAUUAUUAUGUAAUGUGUUCAAAUUAGUAUUUAUAAAAUAUCUACUAUCAUGUAUAUGCAUAGAAAAUUUUAUAAUAUUAUAAGCUUAAUUGUUGGACUGCCGCCUGGUAGCAUUAUUUACGUAUUAUGUAAUCUAAGCUGGGUGAUAUUAAUGAAUCUUAUAUAAGUAUAAAUAAGAAUUAAAACUAUUAAAUAUUUUUACAAUGAAA